AUGAGCGCACGAGGUGAAGGCACCGGGCAGCCGUCCACUUCAGCCCAGGGACAACCUGCCGCCCCCGCGCCUCCGAAGCGAGGACGCGGACGACCCAGGAAACAAAUACAAGAGCCAACCGGUGAGCCCUCUCCUAAGAGACCCAGGGGAAGACCCAAAGGCAGCAAAAACAAGAGUCCCUCUAAAGCAGCUCAAAAGAAAGCAGAAGCCAUUGGAGAAAAACGGCCAAGAGGCAGACCUAGGAAAUGGCCACAGCAAAUGGUUCCGAAGAAGCCUGCUCAGGAGGAGACUGAAGAGACAUCCUCACAAGAGUCUGCAGAAGAGGAUUAGGGGCCGCCAACCUUCGAUUUCUACCUCAGCAGCAGUUGGAUCUUUUGAAGGGAGAAGACACUGCAGUGACCACUUAUUCUCUAUUGCCAUGGUCUUUCCACUUUCAUCUGGGGUGGGGUAGAGGGGUGCAGGGGUGGGGCGGGGGUGGGGGGGAGACAUCACAUAACCUUAAAAAGGACUAUAUUAAUCAACUUCUUUGUAAUCCCUUCACAGUCCCAGGUUUAGUGAAAAACUGCUGUAACACAGGGGACACAGUUUAACAAUGCAACUUUUAAUUAUUGUCAUCUUUCUUCUUAACUUACUAAUAGUUUGUUGAUCUGGUAAGCAAGGGUGGGUGGGUGAGAGCAACAUGGAAUUGGGUUUUGUUGAUCACUGCACUGCCAAUCAGAGAGGGCCAAAUCCCUCUCAUGAUCUGGGCAUUCAUAGAGGAAAGGUGCGGUGUUUGACACUGUGGUCACCUCCACCCCCGCCCAGCCCGCUCACCCAAGUAGAGAAUCCUGUUUAGAACACCAAAGAUAAGGAAUAGAUACUACUCUCUUUUUCGUAUAACCUUAUAGACAUUUACUUGAUGAUUUUUAACUUUUCUUUCUAAACGAGACGAAAUGCUGAUGUAGCCUUUCAUCCAGCUAGCAAAACCAGAAAGGGUGAUGUUCACAUUUCAAAAAAGGGAAGUAAGCAAAUAAAUACUGCCAGCUCCCGAAUUUAUGGCUGUCAUGUACAUCAGCGGGAGUGAUCAGUUGACUCAGAGCCCUCAUUUUCAGGAAAACACCUA